UCUGAUUGGAGGGCUUGCGGCGGGGCGGGGCCAUGGGCUCGCCGUCUCUUGGUCGUGCAGCCAGGUUCCCGCCUCGCCUGUUCACGCUUCUCUGACCGGCGGUUGAGCGGCGCGCAGGCCCGGCUGCGAACAUGCUGCGCAAGCUCACCCUCGACCAAAUCAAUGAUUGGUUUACCAUCGGCAAGAUGGUGACCAAUGUGGAGCUCCUCGGCUCGCCACCUGCCUUCCCAGCCGAGGCUGCCCGGGACGAGGCACAGCGCAGGGAUGCGGCCCUCAGCUCUGACCCUGAGGCUGAGGGCCAGGCUGAGGCCCCAGCUGAGGCUCCGGUCCUGGCCCAGGCCCAGGCCGAGGCCCAGAACCAAGACCAGGAGCAGGCUCCAGCCGAGGCCCAGGCCAUGCAGGCACUACCAUGGAGGCUCCUGGGUGAAAAGAGCGCAGAAACGGAGUAUAUUGACAAAUACAGACAACUUGAAGCACAAGAAUUUUAUCUGUAUUUCCUUGAUCACUUAAUCAGCGGGUCAGAUAAAACAGGUCCAAGGCCACCUUCAGCUAGACCCAGCAACGUGGUACACAUCCCAGAGACAGCCUAUGAAUAUCCUGAUUUGCCUGUAAGCCGGUGUAAGGAAGAGGUCAUCUCUUUGAUCGAAAGCAAUUCCGUGGUGAUCAUACACGGCGCCACGGGCAGUGGCAAGAGCACGCAGCUCCCGCAGUACGUCCUCGACCACUACCUGCAGCGCUCCACCUACUGCAACAUCGUGGUCACCCAGCCGCGCAAGAUCGGGGCCAGCAGCAUCGCCCGCUGGAUCAGCAGAGAGCGUGGCUGGGUUUUGGGUGGAUUGGUGGGCUACCAGGUAGGGUUGGAAAAAAUAGCGACAGAAGACACCAAGUUAAUUUAUAUGACAACGGGAGUCCUGCUCCAGAAGAUAGUGAGUGCCAAGAGCUUGGUGGAGUUCACACACAUCUUCAUUGAUGAAGUACACGAGCGAACUGAAGAAAUGGAUUUCCUGUUGCUAGUUGUCCGCAAACUUUUAAGAACAAAUUCACGUUUUGUGAAGGUUGUCCUCAUGUCAGCCACCAUCAACUGCAGAGAGCUUGCAGAUUACUUUGCUGUUCCCGUUCAGAACAAGAUGAGCCCAGCUUACGUUUUUGAAGUGGAAGGAAAGCCCUUCUCAAUUGAGGAGUAUUAUCUUAACGAUUUGGAGCACGUUCAUCACAGCAGGCUUUCUCCCCACCUCCUGGAGGAGCCAGUGAUAACCAGGGCUGUCUAUGAAGUUGCCAUCUCCCUGAUUCAGAUGUUUGAUGACUUGGACAUGAAGGAGAGUGGGGCCAAGACCCAGUCAGGCAGCCCGUUUCUGUCAGAGCGGAGCAGCGUGCUGGUGUUUCUGCCAGGUCUGGGUGAAAUAAACUAUAUGCACGAACUUCUCACAAACAUGGUUCAUAAAAGGUUGCAAGUCUAUCCACUCCAUUCAAGUGUGACUUUGGAGGAACAGAACAACGUGUUUUUAAGUCCAGUGCCUGGGUACAGAAAGAUCAUUCUGUCCACCAACAUUGCAGAGAGCUCCGUCACGGUUCCAGACGUCAAGUACGUUAUAGAUUUUUGUUUGACCAGAACUCUGGUUUGUGAUGAAGACACGAAUUACCAGAGUCUGCGGCUGAGCUGGGCCUCUAAGACCAGCUGUGAGCAGAGGAAAGGCCGCGCUGGACGGGUGUCUAAAGGAUACUGUUACAGACUCGUGCACAAGGAUUUCUGGGACAACUCCAUCCCCAACCAUGUCAUCCCUGAGAUGUUGCGUUGUCCGUUAGGAAGCACGAUAUUGAAGCUGAAGUUACUUGACAUGGGUGAGCCCAGGGCUCUGCUGGCCACGGCCCUUUCUCCACCUAGUCUGAGUGACAUUGAACGCACCAUCCUUCUGCUCAAGGAGGUGGGAGCACUUGCGGUGAGCGGGCGGAGAGAAGACGACAACCCCCACGACGGUGAGCUGACCUUCCUAGGAAGGGUUCUAGCCCAGCUUCCUGUCAGUCAGCAGCUCGGCAAACUCAUAGUCCUCGGACACGUCUUCGGGUGUCUGGACGAGUGUCUCAUCAUCGCGGCAUCUCUUUCCUUGAAGAAUUUUUUUGCAAUGCCUUUCAGGCAGCAUCUUGAUGGAUACAGGAACAAGGUGAAUUUCGCUGGCAGCAGCAGGAGCGACUGCAUCGCACUUGUUGAAGCCUUUAGAGCAUGGCAGACCUGCAGACAGAGAGGGGAGCUGCGGCACCCGAAGGAUGAACUUGACUGGGGACGGUUAAAUUACAUUCAGAUCAAGAGGAUUAGAGAGGUGGCCGAGUUAUAUGAAGAACUGAAGACUAGGAUCUCACAGUUCAACAUGUAUGUUGAUUCCCGGCGGCCUGUCAUGGACCAGGAGUACACAUACAAGCAGAGAUUCAUCCUGCAGGUUGUGUUGGCAGGUGCUUUUUAUCCAAAUUACUUUACUUUCGGGCAGCCUGAUGAAGAGAUAGCCACGAGGGAGCUGGCAGGCAAAGACCCAAAGACGACCGUCGUGCUGAAGCAUAUCCCUCCCUACGGAUUUCUCUACCACCAACAGCUGCAGUCGCUCUUCAGACAGUGUGGCCAAGUCAAGUCCAUCGUGUUUGACGGUGCAAAAGCCUUUGUGGAGUUUUCACGCAAUCCAACAGAGAGGUUUAAAACGCUCCCUGCCGUGUACAUGGCCAUCAAGAUGUCUCAGCUCAAAGUGUCCCUUGAACUCAGUGUUCACUCUGCAGAGGAGAUUGAAGCGAAGGUGCCAGGAGGGGCCGUGUCCAAGCUCCGGAACACGAGGGUGAACGUGGACUUCCAGAAGAAGACAGUUGAUCCCGUGCAAGUCUCCUUUAACAUGGUGGACAAAUCGCGGACCAUCACAGACCUCCUCCUAACAGUCGAAGUCACAGAGGUGGUUGAAGUGGGACACUUCUGGGGGUACAGGACCGAUGAGAAGAACUGGGAGUUUCUGAAGAGUCUGACCGCUGAGAUAAACCGCCUCACGCUGGUGCCCCUGCCUGUCCACCCCCACCCCGACCAGGUCUGCCUGGCUCCCUUUGCCGACAGUGAUAAAGAAAGCUACUUCAGAGCUCAGGUCCUCUAUGUUUCUGGAAAUUCGGCCGAGGUGUUCUUCGUGGACUACGGGAACAGAGCGCGCGUGGCGCUGGGCGUCCUCAUGGAGAUGCCCUGCCAGUUCCUUGAGCUGCCCUUUCAGGCCCUGGAGUUCAAGAUCUGCAAGAUGCGGCCAUCGGCGAGGUGCCUGGUGUGCGGCGAGCGCUGGAGUGGCGGGGCCAGCCAGCGCUUCUCCUCUCUGGUAGGCGGCCGCACCCUCCUGGUGAAGGUCUUUUCCAUGGUGCACAGCGUCCUGCACGUGGAUGCCUACCUCCCCUCAGGGCUGCAGGACACAGUCAGCGUACGGGGCAUCCUUAUCAGCCAGGGCUAUGCCGAGCCAGCUGAGGAGCCCUACGAGUCCAAGCAAAGCCACGAAGUUCUCAAGGGUCUCUUUUCCAAAUCAGUAGAAGACCUGACAGACAUGUCCAUGGCGUCUCCUGUGAAAGAUGACGAAAAGCACCUGAUCCGGAUUUUGCUGGAGAGCUUUUCUUCCAAUAAGCUGGGUAACCCAAACUGCAAGGCGGCACUUCACGGGCCUUUCAACCCUUACGAACUGAAGUGCCAUAGUCUGACCAGGACAUCCAAGUUCAGGUACGUCUGGAUCGAGAAGGAAAGCAUCAACUCGGUCAUCAUCAGCGACAGCCCCGAGGAUGCACACCAGCGGCUGCUGGUCGCUGCGUCCCUCUCCGUGAACACCACCGGGUCCACCAUGCUGCUUCGGGAGACCUCCCUGAUGCCGCACAUCCCAGGCCUCCCCGCGCUCCUCAGCAUGCUGUUCGCACCCGUCAUGGAGCUCAGGAUGAAUUCCUCUUUAAGAAUUCUGGACAGUGAGGUAUUUGGAGGCACUCAGAGCCUGAGCAGGAGGAGCUCCGGCACGCACUGUCUUGCUGCGCUGCCGCCUGUCCUCCCGUGGAGGAGCUCUCCCCAUCACCUCCAGUGCUCCAUACCCCCCCAGGCGAGCAUCCUCACCCACUUGCCCUGGACGAGCAGCACGGGAGUGGGGAGCGGCUCAUGUCUCCACCCUGUGUGCUCACAGACAGUCUCUGUUGUUGACCAAUGUAUUCAUGGACUGUUUUUGUACCCGUAUUUUAAAGAAGCCUUAGGAAACAGGAGACCAAAGCAGGGACCUGUCAAGUACUGGAAGCAGGUUGGGUGCUGAGAAUAUACAUUAAGAAAAGGACUUGGGCUUGCUCUCUGGCCGUGCCUGGCACUCGCUGAAGUCUGGGCUUCCCCAGCUGUCAUAGGGGCCCUCCUGGGCUCACAGGACAGUGGAGGAGACUCGCAGACACUUCAGCCCCCACCGUGACUCAGGGCCUGGCUGCUCGCAUCUGGCAGCAGAGCAGGGAGGUGGGCAGAGGACAGCCUGAGCAGCGUUUGGAGAUGCUGUUAGGCUCUUAACACUUUGAAGGUUAAUACAGUAUAUGCAUUACAAAGUACUUAACAGCGUUGUUUUUUUUUUUAUGGAGGCUUCAGAUUGAUUUAACAUUUACCUUUUGAGGAAAUAUAUUUCCUUAUUCAACAAGCUCUGGAAAAUUCUUAGAGAUGAGAAUACCAGACCACUUGACCUGCCUCUUGAGAAAUCUGUAUGCAGGUCAGGAAGCAACAGUUAGAAUUGGACAUG